AUUGAUAUUAAAUUCCUCACUUAUCAGCUACUGAUAACUUUGUAUCUUUAUUGACAAAUAUGUCAAGAGCAUUUUUCAUUCUCUGUUUUAUUUGCUCUGAAGUUUGUUUGUGUAAAAACCUACAUCGGAAAACGAUAUCAAGACAUAAUCAACUUCGAUGUUCUAACAGGAUAGAGAAAAAUAAAUACAAAUGAUACAAAAUGACUGGAUAAUUUUAAGUGCUUAUCAAUAUUCUAAUUAACUUACAUGACAAGAUUACUAUUAUUUUUAAAAGGCAGUCAUGCUUCGAGGAACAAAUGAAAAGAAGAACUUGAUAUACUGGAAUAGUGAACUUUAUUUUAUGAUUGUAUUUCUUGUACUCACCUGCGUAAAAACAGAUGUAAUACGGGAUAUAACUGGUGAGUUUCAGUAUGUGUCAACAAUGAAUUUUAAAGUGGUCGGAGAAACAGUAGAUGGCGCUAGUUUUCAAUUUGCUCUACGCCAAAAGAUACAAGAAAUUUACAUACAGACAAUGAAUGAUGACUCUAUCUGGAUAGAAAUAAUCAAGCCACACGAUCUUCGAAGUCAUGAAAGACGAAAACGUGCCUCUACCCGUGAUAUUUCUGCAGAAUAUAUAAUUCAUACUACAGAAAAAAAGAAUGAGACAGAACUACAUGCAAUUGCGGAAUUAUACAAAAAGCAAAAAUGUAGCAAAGAAACAAAUAACUGCCAGGUUGAAGACAUAGGUGGAGUCAGUAUGGUCUUUAAUUCGGUACUUGUGUUAAAUGACUCUGCAAUAUGCAAUAUCACAAGGAACCAUUGCGAUGAAAAAACAUCUACGUGCUCCAGUGACGAAGGGAAGCUAGAAUGCCGUUGUAAUAAAGGCUACGUGAAGAAGAACACAAAUUCUUUACAGUGCUUCGAUUUCCCAUUUUUAAUUGCCUCAUCCAUUGCUGGGUACAGUGGUUUUCGUGCAUCACGUAUGGUCCUCGGGAGAUGUGCUCCUACUCCGCGUCUUGCCGCCUUCAAGUCGUCUGCCAAGUCGAACGAAACAGUCCUAACGCGUUCUCGCUGA